AUGGGAAGAGAGGGGUUGGUAGGGACCAAACAAUACAACAAUGAUUGUAAGCUGUCUGCAUCCCAAGAGAUUCAGUGUGCAAAGACUGGUGACUUUGGCUGUACUAAUGGGCAGACUACACAAAGCAAAGAGAAACAUGUUAAACAAGGAAAUAGAAAUUUAUCGAAGGAAAGUGGUUACUUGGAUGAGAUAGAGGAGGAGUCCCUUCCGAGCACGCAACAGUCGUUACAAGAACACAUUACCGAAAGACCAGGAGGACAAGAUGAUAAACAGAGAAGAAAAAGAGAAAAUACAAAUGUGAAAACAAACAAAUGCACGUACUGCAACAAGGGAUUCAAAAGAAAAUGUCAUCUUCAAAAUCAUGAGCGUAUCCAUACAGGUGUGAAACCAUACAAGUGUAAAUACUGUGACAAGGCAUUUGCACAAAAAGGUGAUCUAAAGGUUCACGAACGAAUCCAUACAGGUGUCAAACCAUACAAAUGUACGUACUGUGACAAGGCAUUUGCACGAGUGAGCAAUCUAAAGACACAUGAACGUAUCCAUACAGGUGUCAAACCAUACAAGUGUACAUACUGUAACAAGGUAUUUACACUCAAACGUAGCCUAAAUGAUCAUGAACGCAUCCAUACAGGUGUGAAACCAUACAAGUGUACAUACUGUAAAAAGGCAUUUACACAACCAGGUCAACUAAAGUUACAUGAACGAAUCCAUACAGGUGUCAAACCAUUUAAGUGUACAUACUGUAACAAGGCAUUUGCACAUCAGUAUAAUCUAAAGACACAUGAACGUAUCCAUACAGGUGUCAAACCAUUUAAGUGUACUUACUGUAACAAGGCAUUUAUACAACAAGGUGAUCUAAAGAAACAUGAACGAAUCCAUACAGGUGUCAAACCAUACAAGUGUACAUACUGUAACAAGGCAUUUACAGGACAAGGUGAUCUAAAGACACAUGAACGUAUCCAUACAGGUGUCAAACCAUUUAAGUGUACUUACUGUAACAAGGCAUUUAAUAGAAAAAGUCAUCUCUUAAUCCAUGAACGUCUUCAUACGGGCCUUAAACCAUACAAGUGUACAUACUGUAACAAGGCAUUUAUACAAGCAGUUCAUCUAAAGAGACAUAAACGUAUCCACACAGGUAUUCAAACAUAAAAAUUGAUAACUAUUACAUUAAUAAAUUUAUUCAAAAGGCUCAUUAGGUCAUAUUUUUCAUAGUCUUAUUUCUAUUAAUAUUUGUUAUUACUAAAAUCUUUUAUUUUUUUGUUAGUUUCACAUUUAAAUUUUCCAAUUUUUCUUAUGCAUGUUUUCCUCUUAAAACCGGCCAAUUAGCAGUUUUAAUUCUAGCUUGAUUGUAUUAGUAGGAUUUUUAAAUAUUAUUAUCGUUUAUAAGAUUGUAAAUUGGUGUAGUAGACUUAGGACUUAGAUAUAGUCAUUUUUUAAAUUGUAAAUUAGUUUUGCAGGGCUCCUUUGGAUACCAGCUAUGCUGAAUGGGCCACCAUAUCUAAAUAAAUAAAAAUUGUGAAUGAGUCAGCGAACUAUCAGCUCUAGUGGGCGAUGGGGUGUACGUUUCUAAUGCGUCCCCACUUUGUUAUACACGCUCUUGUAGCAUUGCAUGUUUUUACACUGAAAGAACCUCUUG